AUGAAAUAUAUUUUUUUACUAGUUAUUAACAUAUUCAUUUCGUUGUGUAAAUCACAUGACGAUGAUCGUGUGCCACUUUACAUUGGCGGAACGUUUCCUAUGGAAGCAGGCUCUGGUGGAUGGGCUGGAGGAGUUGCAUGUAAACCAGCUGUCAUGAUGGCAUUACAUGAUGUUAAUAAGCGACGUGAUGUAUUACCUGGAUAUUAUCUUGAACUUAAUAGUACUGAUUCCAAAUGUCAACCUGGUUUAGCAACACAACAAUUGUAUGAUCUAUUGUAUACUCCACCAGCAAAAGUUAUGCUUUUGGUUGGUUGUAGUCCUGUCACAACAAUUAUAGCUGAAGCAGCUCCUGUUUGGAAUUUAAUAGUUUUGGCAUAUGGUGCUAGUUCACCUGCAUUAUCUAAUAGAGAACGAUUUCCUACAUUAUUUCGAACCCAUCCAUCCGCUAAUAUACAGAAUCCAGCUAGAGUAAGCAUAUUAAAAAAGUUUGGAUGGAAGAAAAUAACAAUAUUACAAUCAGUAGAAGAAGUAUUCACUUCAACAGCCAAAGAUUUGGAGGAAGAAUGCAAACUUAAUGGAAUCAAAGCAGACAGAUUAAGCUUUUAUGGCGAUCCUACUGAUGCAAUAAAGACUCUCAUUCGACAAGAUGCUCGAAUUAUAGUUGGAUUAUUUUAUGAAAAAGAAGCACGCAGAGUAUUCUGUCAAGCAUAUCAUCAUCGAGCAUUUGGAAGAAAGCAUGUAUGGCUUUUGAUUGGAUGGUAUGCUGAUACAUGGUAUUUACCAGUUCCUGAUGAACAUCUCAACUGUACAGCUGAGCAGAUGAGAGAAGCCGCAUUAUAUCAUAUGACGACAGAAAGUUUAAUGUUGUCGACAGAUGAUAGUGUGGCAAUAUCUGGCAUGACUGGUAGAGAAUUUCAACGACGAUUGAAUGAAGUAUUAGAAACUGAUCCAGCAAAUACUGGUGGUUAUCCAGAAGCACCAUUAGCAUAUGAUGCCGUAUGGGCAUUGGCAUUAGCACUUAAUUGUACUAUCAAUCAUUUACCUUCUACAAAGAAAAUUGAACAAUUUACUUAUGAAGAUGUUAGCACAUAUGAACUAUUAUUUCAAUGUAUGAAGAAUACAUCGUUUCGUGGAGUAUCCGGACGGGUUAUGUUUUCAAAUUCUGGUGAUCGUAUAGCUAAAGUAAUGGUUGAACAAUUACAGAAAGAUAGUAAAUAUCAUGUGAUGGGAUUUUUUGAUUCAUCAACUCAUUUAUUAGAUUGGAAAGGAGAAGAUGAAUGGCUUUCAGAUAAAGGUCCUCCAGCCGAUUCAACUAUUAUUCAUGAGACAGUUCUUACUGUCACUAGUACGUUAUUUUAUGGCGUUUUAAUGUUUUGCAUAUUGGGAAUAGGCAUGUCAAUUGCAUUAUUAUCAGUAAUAGAGCAUAAUUCAGGCAGAAUGAUUGUCAAAUGUUCUCAGCCAAAGUUCAAUAAUUUUACAAUUCUUGGAUGCAUUAUAUGUUGGAUAACAUUAUUUUUUAUUGGAUUGCCAUCAGAGCAUAUACCGGUAUCUCAUGAAAGCUUUACAGCUAUGUGUCAUUUUCGAAUAUUCACAUUAAUGGUUGGCUUUUCAUUGGGCUUUGGUUCCAUGUUUGCUAAAGUGUUCAUUGCUCAUCGAAUGGGAGCUGAUCAAAAUCAACAAUUGGCUAACCGAGAGAAGGAAGAGGCGGAUGGUACACCUUGGGAAAGUAUUCGUACUUUGAUCGCAUCAAUGAUAGGACGAUCAGCUGCCUCACUAAGAAAAUCUUCUUUACAUUCAGAGGGAGAAGUUCGGAACAAUAUAUUGAAUCAGACUAUUCCUGUGAACAAGUUUUAUGCUGUAUUAACAGCAUUCAUAGUAUGUGAUAUCGUGAUAUGUGUCGUUUGGGUAUUUUUUGAUCCAAUGGUUGUGGAUGAGCAGCGUUAUCCGCUACAGGAGCCUCCAGAAGGCUCAGAUGAUGAUAUUAUGUUGCUUCCAAAAUUAGAAUAUUGUAAAAGUGAAAAUGAAGAUGUAUGGACAGCUUUAAUACUUGGUUACAAGUGUUUAUUAUUAAUAUUUGGCAUUUUUCUAUCAUAUGAAUGUCGAAACAUCAAACUACAUCAUAUGAAUGAUAUUCGUUUAAUUGCUUUAUCAAUCUAUAAUGUAGCCAUUCUUUCAAUAAUCACUGCUCCCAUAUCGGUAUAUCUCAUUCGCAAUCAGCCAAAUGCGUCGUAUGCUUUUAUUUCCGUAACAGUUUUAUUAUGUACAUAUAUUUCAUUGGGUCUCAUAUUUAUUCCUAAAAUUCGCCAUAUCUAUACAGUACCUCCCUCAGAAGAAGAAAUUCAAAAUGGUGGCAAUGGCGUGAUGAAAGGUCUCACGAAACCUGAACAAAGGCGUUUUGAGCAACUUGUUGCUGAGAAUGCCCAACUUCAGAAACAGAUUGAAGAGAGAGAAAAAAGAAUAACUCAAUGUGCAAUGCGUAUUGAACUACUGCGAAAACGAAGCUCUCUACAAUCUCAGUUCAACAACAACUCGUUUUCAAUAAACGAUAACUCACCCAAGUGCAGAAAAGCCACGACAACAACGACAACAGCGUAUAUCGAGUUGGAUAACUUGCGGCAGAUAAGAGGCAAAUAUCUAAUUAAUGACAAACAAUACAUUACUAAUAAUGGCGUUUUCGAUUCAGGAGACUAUAUGUCGAUACGUGAUGAUGUUUCAUCCUGCUCAUCGGAUGAAAUAAUACUUUGA